AUGAAGUACGGUGAGAAAGCAAAGGUGAAAAUCCUUCCCAAACCAUCCCCAAUGAUGCCACAGAGCCUGACACCAUCUCCAAUGGUCUCUAUUGCCCCAUCCUCGGGAGCAUCUACACCUACAGAAAGACCUGUUGUGAGGAAACGAGCAAGGUCGGCUGCUAGCACAAGCACAAGUAAUAACAAUAACAAUAAUCAGAAGAACAACAACAACAAUAGUGGUGGCAAUAUCUCAUCAUCAUCAGAAUUGAAGAAACAACGCAAAACAAGCACUACAUCGCCAGUAGCCCAAAACCCGCCACAAUCUCCUGCACUUUCAGCCUCGGGAUCUACACCAAAACCAGCAAAACAAACGGGACAUAGACCGGUUACAUCGUGCACAUUUUGUCGACAACAUAAAAUCAAGUGCAACGCUUCAGACAACUACCCACAACCAUGUCAAAGAUGUGAUCGAAUGGGAUUGAAAUGUGAAAUCGACCCACAAUUUAGACCUAAGAAGGGCUCUCAGAUCCAAUCGCUAAAGCUGGACGUCGAUGAAUUGAAAGCCAAGAUUGAGAUGUUGACUAAAAAUGAGAGCUUGUUAACGCAGGCGCUAAAUCAGCAUAAUUUGAACUUUUACCAACAACAGCAACAGCAACAGCAACAACUGGUACUGCUGCAACAACCUUCCCCUCUGCUUGCACUGCAAUCUCCUCUUCAAGUAGUGCCACCAUCAGUGACAACAGGAGUAAUGCAAUCACAAUCACCAUUAGCACAAGUGCAUCCACGUCAUCACCCACAACCAAGCAGGAGCAAUUCAUACCCUGUAGUAUCGCAACACAAAGCAAGCCCCAUGGUCUCGCCUUCAUUAUAUCAGAACCAUGGUGCUAGUGCUCAAGUAUCGCCUAUCCCAUCAAUUACAAAUAUCCAACAUACUACCACUUUAAUGAAUGACAAUUCUGACAACUCACCCUCGGCGACCAACACACCAGAUAUGAAAGACGAGAAUUAUCAGCCUAUCUCCGAGUUUAUUCUUGGCGAUGUCAACUUACCUCUUGCGAAAGCCAAUGAAUUGCAUGAUAGAUUUAUGAAGAAGCAUUUGAAUUUCUUGCCUAUUAUCAUUUCCAGAUCAGCUACAGAAUUGUACCACAAGUCCAACUUGUUAUUCUGGAGCGUUAUUCUUACUGCUAGUUUGAGUGAACCAGAACCCACAUUGUACAUGUCACUUGCGUCACUAAUCAAGCAAUUGGCGAUAGAGACAUGUUGGAUCAGAACUCCACGGUCAACUCACGUCAUUCAGGCCUUGAUUAUUCUUAGUAUAUGGCCCUUACCGAAUGAAAAAGUUCUUGACGAUUGCUCUUAUAGAUUUGUUGGGUUAGCUAAGAACCUUUCCUUACAAUUAGGAUUGCACCGUGGUGGUGAGUUUAUCCAGGAGUUUAGUCGCAACCAAGUAAGCCUUGGUCCCGAUGCUGAAAGAUGGAGAACACGAUCGUGGUUGGCAUUGUUCUUUUGUGAGCAAUUUUGGUCCUCAUUAUUAGGUUUACCUCCCUCUAUCAAUACCACUGAUUACUUGUUGGAAAAUGCAAGAAUUGACCAAUCACUUCCCAAAGAGUUCCGUUGCUUGAUUUCUUUGUCAAUUUUCCAAUGCAAAUUGGUCAAUGUUAUGGGUAUUAGUGUUACGCGUCCAGAUGGAUUGUUAGAGCCGCUGAAUAGGGCUGCAUCGUUGAGUAUUUUGGAUAAGGAAUUAGAGAGAUUGAGAUUUAAAUUACAAUUUGACUCGGGCUCUCCCAUUGAAGUUUAUUAUUUAUAUCUCAAGUUGAUGAUUUGUUGUUUUGCCUUUUUGCCCGGUACGCCAAUUGAGGAUCAAGUUAAAUAUGUGAGUUCAUCUUACUUAUCUGCAACGAGAAUUGUUACUAUUGUGUCGCAAAUGAGUCAAGAUAUCUCCUUGAUUGAGAUGCCAAUAUACAUCAGACAAGCUGUGACAUACUCGGUAUUUCUUUUAUUCAAACUUCAUUUGUCAAAAUAUUUAAUUGACAAAUAUGUUGAUAGUGCUAGACAAUCUAUUGUUACCGUGCAUAGGUUGUUUAGAAACACGCUUAGUUCAUGGAAGGAUUUACAAAAUGAUAUAUCUAGAACAGCAAAAGUAUUGGAAAAUCUUAAUAUUGUGCUAUUCACAUACCCAGACAUUUUCAUGAAUGAGUUUGAGGCUGGGUCGAGUAUCAUCACUCGAAUGAGAUCACACUUGACUGCGUCUUUAUUCUAUGACCUAGUGUGGUGUGUUCAUGAAGCAAGAAGAAGAACUCAAUUAGAUAAGGGUAAGAUGAAAAAACCCAUUGAAGUUAAUGAUAAACGGCUAAUUCCAUUGCCAUUUUACAAUCAAAUUACAAAGGACGACUUUAGGACGAUCACCACUACGACACCAAAUGGUACUACUGUUACUACAUUGGUGCCUACUGACGAGGCAAUGACACAAGCGCGACUGAAUGCAGCAGAGAACAAACCUUUGGAGAUUAAUGGUAUCCCGCUAGCAAUGUUAGAAGCUACCGGCUCAACUAGAGAUGGCAUGCCUAACAAUGGAGAAGCACCUGAAGCAUCUACACAACAACCUCAUCAACAAGACCCUCAUCAACAACUGGUGCAACAAGAUGAUCUUCAACAACUGUUUGACGACGGCCUGUCGCAAGCUCCCAUUAAAUUGGAGCAAAUGCCACCACAAUUACCCUCACAAUCGCAACUGUUUCUGCAACUGCCGCUGUUUCCAUAUGGUGCACAGUCGCCUCCACAACAGUAUCUACCUACAAUUGAUGAAGAUGCAUCAAAUGCUAUGUUUAUGAACCAGCGGCUGCAUCCUCAACAACAGCAUCUGCAACUGCAACAGCAUUUGCAAUUACAACAGCAACAACAACAACAACAACAACAACAACAACAACAACAACAACAGCAGCAGCAGCUGCUGCAGCAGCAGCACCCACAGUUACAACAGCAGCCAAUGGAUAUACCCAUGGCUGGAUCUUUUGUCUCUCAAAUUGAUAGCUUUUUCCAACAGCAAUCAAAUGGAUGGAUGGAUAAUCAAGAUGAUGAUUUUCUAGGCUGGUUUGACUUGAACAUGUUGCCAGAUCAGUAA